AAAAUAAUUUAUUCAUUUACAAGAGAUUGAUACAGAUUAGAUAUAAUAGUACAUCGCAUAAAGGAAAAUGCGCUAUGUGGAAAUCUCGUGCAUAGCUUUGUCGGAUAGCUCUUGCCGAAGUCUAUCCAUUAUUUGCAUAUAUUUCAGAAGAGAUCCGCGCAACCGCUUUAUUGUUAUGCACGGUAAUAUAUUUUGCAGAUACAUCCUGCGGAUUAUUGCAGCUAAUACACAUUUAAGCGGAUUACGUGAAGUGCAAUGUUACAUUGAGAUAUCGAGGUAUUCGCCUUAUUGUACGGCUUGUACUGAUUUACUUCAUGAGACGAAGUAAUGCGUUCUCCACUAAUCAUGUUUAAUGCUAUUUCACAGAUUAAUACCGGACGAACAUGAUAUACACAGUAUCUCGCUCCGAUGCGAGGAUAUGCUAUUCUUUUACAGAUGCCAUUGAUGCAUCGGUAUUCCGAUGAUACUAACGGGAUGGUCACCGGAGCAAUAUAUCCGAGAUAACGUGACGAGAGUAUCGGUACUUUUUCAGUAUCGUAACGUCGUUACAGCAUCCCUGGCAGUUACAGCGCAUCGAAUUUAAGCGAUAAUCCAACAGAAUGACGAGAGUUAGCGAUGCGUUCGCGAAUACGAAAGCUCGCUAUAGCUUCGCAAUUAAUUAAUUAAUUUUAAAAACAAUUAAUCGGGAACGCGAUACUUUGUAUGAAAUUGAAAGGAAACAGUCUCCACUCUUCCGUCAUUCUCCGAUGCAUUCUCGAAUUGCUGGCGACGUUAGAGAGUUCUACCUGAGAAAACAAAGAGUGCUACCGUGAAUGAUACCCUCGAUACCGAAAAUGAAAGGCCGAUACUCGAGUGCCUGUCGGAUAAGCAUCCGCGCGCGGUUCGACAGUAUCGCCGUUAUCGUAAGCCCUUCCUAGCCCCUCCACGAUCCUCUUCUUUCGCUCUUCUGAGGGAAGAGAGCCUGCGGAGGGCAGAAUUCGCCGGAGACAAGCUGGCGAGGUUCGUGAGAAGGUGGAAAGGGCGGGGAGGAAGGAGGCGUAAGAAUUAUGCUGUCAGACCCUUGGCGCGCGAUAAACGUCGGUCCGCUAUUGAUUUUAAGUACCCGUUUAAAUAGCGUCGUCGGCCGCGGCAUCGUCGGAUGCAUCGCGGGCAAAGAUGCGUUAUCGACCCUCUCUCUUAUCUCCGUAGCGCCUGCGAAUCCACCCACCCUCGUCAAGCGUAACGUCAAUUUAGAAAAGAGAGAGAGAGAGAGAGAGUUCGCAUUCUGCGAUUAUCCAUUUAUCUUCCGUGGACUUCUCGUCUCGCGUUCUAUUUGCUUGUGUGUGUGUUCGUGUACUGAGGCUAAUCGAUCAUUUGUAAUCGCACGGACGAAACGAAUAAUUCCUGAGAGCUUUAUCCGUGAUCAGAGAUUUGUAAUUUAAAGUGCCUUUAAUCUUCUUAAAAGAAUCUUCUCUGGAACGUAUGACUCGUCGUGCCAAUUGACGUAUUGUGUACUACCAAGAUCGAAGAUCCGCUCUUCUAUUUUGCCUGCGUGGAGAUUGAGUCUUCCAAAAGGCGCUUUUUUUUGCGUACCUGCCUUCCCGGUGCAGCAUCCUGGUCGGCAAAUUCAAAUUGUCCCAUGUCAAUUCGGGCUACCAGUUUUCGUUUCUGUUUUUUUUUCUUUUUCCUCUAAACGAGUUACAACGGUCGAGUCUAUUUAUUUUCAUAAAGCACUAAAUGAAACGGCGAAGGAAAGCGCAGCUCCACGACCCUCUUCCGGACCAAUUCCGUAAGAUUUAUUUUCUCGUCACUUUGAAUCGUCCCUUUCUCCUCCCCUUUCUCAACAGAGAGAAAGAGAAAGAAAGGGAGAAAUCGAGAAGGAGACAGAGAGGAGCGUACUGUCGCAAUUUUGCCGACAACGGACGGGCAGAUAUCGAUUCGGACGGCCAAUUAGGUCUAAGAGGUCCUCCAGGGAGAAUUUGUACACGACUACGAGUCAUUCCUCCGUCUCGUCCACAUCGCGGCCAAAAGGUGUCAUUCUUCUCUCCUCGUAGCCAAAUCCGAGCGGUCUCCUUCCUCCCUGUCUUCUUUCUCGCCGUCGCCAGCUGAAUCUCGUGCUGCCACAGUCGUAGCUCUCUCAUUUUCUGAAUUAUUUUUCCACAAGUCGUUUGCAGGGUUGCGGGACUCCGAAGAUGGGGAGAAAAGAGCAAAGAGAGAGAAGGGGAUACUCGUACGGUCGAGGGAGUCCGUAUGCCACGCACAUCCCCCAGCUUGGAUAUAUAGGCGGCGACAAUACGAUGAUGGCAACGGCAGUGGAUACAAGGACGCCGGCAGAAGACGGCGGAAUAAAGAAAUGAGAGAUACUUUCCCCGGUUCGGGGUAUUCUCGCCUCUAUUCGUCGCCACGUUUAAUGCCGAGCAUGGUGGCCGUUGGAGCGCGAGCUUUCAGGCCGAUCCCCGGGACGUUUGUUAAAGGGAAGCGGGGUGCGUUACAGCAGAGUUACGGAGACGUUGCUACGGAGGAACAUGUGGGGUGUUUUCAAUUACGCUGUAUUAUGCUGAAUAAAAUAUCAAUCUCUGUUGCCACCCCCGUAAAUUCAUCUACCAAGGACUCUGCCAGACUCCUGCGUGCUUUCAAGGCCGAGGAAAAACCACCCUGAUCGCGAUUUUACGAUGUGAUCCCGUCUCCCUCGUUCCCGAAAUAGCAAACUUGAAAGAAAACCUGAAUGAGCCGCGAAGGAACGAUCGAGCCGUCGUUGAAAUUAAUCGACUUCCCGUUGAGGGAAUCAUUUGUUUGCACGAAACGAGAAUCGGACAGGGUGGCACUUAGGGUUGAGUAUGUAGAUGGAAUAUGGGGCACCUUAGAUAUACCCCGAGCACCCCGUAUCGCCCGGCGCGCGGAUGGAAUUCUACCGUGGAAUUCCACGAUUCUGCGGCCGAUAUCGCGCAGUCGGGCCAGCGGCGCUGCCGCCAUCCUCCCUCUCUCUCUCUCUCUCUCCUUCCCGUAAUCUGGCAGUGCAUUUAACCACUUUGCGAAAUAGCCGUAUAUCUCCCCCGCUGUGACGUAGCAUUCGAUAUGUCGAGAGUGCGGGAUUCGGUGGCGAGAUCGGCCAAGAGCGUUGCGGGGUGACGAAGGGCGCCGGGGAGGUAAGUUCCUGAGGAUAAAGAGACGCGAAGCGCCGUGGCGCUCGCAGAGAAGUUGGUCCGAGGGGGGAAAUGUGGAGGACGAUAGAACGGCGAGUAUAGCGACUGCGAUAUGCGCGCGCUCCCGCCAUCAUACCCGUUUAGGGGUAGAAGGUAUCCCUCCUGUUCUUGCGACCAGGGUGGGGUUGCCCGAGCGUUGGUAGGGGUUGAAAACGCUCCCGAUUCGACUCGCCGCGGAGGGUUCGCGAGCCGACCGUCGCCGCCGAAGGGUGGAAGUGGGGAUUUGUUACAGAGAGAGUAGCCGUAGGUAGCGCGGCGGCGAGUAGAGAGAGGGUGGCAAUCUCUCGGAGAGAAAGAGUGCGAGAGAGAGAGAGAGAGAGAGAGAGGUGGACGUCGGGACGUUGGAGGAUGUACGCGCGAUGUGGUUGUGGGGUGCGAAGGGUGGUGUGGAAUCACGGUGGUCGUACAGGCGUACGUGUGCGCACGUGUGUACGUGUACAUAUAUCUGAUAUACACAGGGUGUCAUAAAGAAUUCAAACGACCAGUAUUAAAGCUGUAUUAUCUGCCGAAUUUCCGGGCGAUUUGCCCUUAGUGAAAAUUUCAUCGAAUCCCGCUGCUUUACGAUUCUCCAACUUUUAACGUGAAACGUUACGGGACGCGUUUAAGCGUCGCAUAAAAAUUGGAUCCUUUGAAGUCUCGGGAUUCCGAAAGCGCCCGAGGUCCAAAUUCACUAGAUCUCUUUGAGUCUCCGCGUUAAAUAAAUCCGACGUUCUUUUUGAUUUUCGAAAGCGGGAAGCGCAUCUCGAGGCUCUGCGAUCUCGCCAUCAACGUCUAAACGCUUCGACCACCCUGUGUACGAGAGUGGAAGAAGGGUGCGCCCUACUUCGCGUCGGCGUUUUCCCUCCCGUGCGACCUGGCGUGCGCGGCGGGUUGCGGGGUGCGAAACAGGGUGAGAGAGUAGGGACGCGGCGGGGGUGGCAACGGGCGUACGUACGGACGGAUGGACGGACGGACGGACGGAUGGACGGCGGACGAAGAGAGGACGACGCGAGAUGAAGAUACGAGGAGACGAGAGAGCGCGAGAGGGUGUCUCUCCGCUUCGCUGCCGGGCGUUUCGCAGUCUCGCAUUUCAGCAACGACGACUCCGAACGUCGCUGGCGUCGCCGUCGCCGGCUCCGGUCCUUUUUUUCCCCCGCGAGCGCGCGCGCGCGCGUGAGACAGAUAGAAACGCGUAGAGAACGUGGGCGAAAGAAGGACAGAAAGGGAACGAAGGGGAGAGCGAGUGAGAGAAAGCGGGGUUGCAUUCUGUCGGGGAGACCGCAUCGCGAACCCUCGUACGUUGGCCCCCGUUCAACGAGAACAGCGUUACGCUCGGUAGCGCGACGGGACACCCCCUGAGAAUUCGGGUAUCAGGGGUGCUACUCCGGUGGUAGUAGCUGCGGUGGUCGGUGAUGUGAGUGGUGGCGGUGCUGCUGCCGCUGGUGGUAGUAGUGCGCUUACGGUAGUCGAUACGGCGUGGCGGAGGCGUCGAGGAGGAGAGUUUCUCUUCGGGGUUGGCGCGAGUGCACGUUGGUGGACGACAACGCGGGUUUAUGUAAGAACGAACGACGACGACGACGACGACAACGUCGAGGACGACGAUCUGCCAGCUUGGUCGUCCGCCUAACGGUGACGUCGCUGUGUGCUGGUCGCGUGUGCGCACGUGUGACGCCGCCAAUGGAUACUCGACGAAGUGGCUGAUCGAAAACCCGAGGGGACGUCCACAGCGUCGUCCGUUUGGGCUCGUCGAGCGGAGCGCGCUGCUCUCCUUCUUCGACGCGAGAGCAGAGAAACGUAGUGAACCGAUAUACGCGAGUGACGAGUCGCCGAGGAAAGGCGUCGAGGACACAGCGCUCACGAAUGGACGAGACGGGUCUGUUCAGUUUCGAUCUUUCUCGUGAUUCACCACCGUGCGCUGCGAGGACUCCGGAGAGUGGUGGAUUUGAGUAAAUCGCGACGCGUGAAGGCGUUCAUCAACAAGAGCAAGCAACUAGUAAAAGAAAAUUCGCAUGUGAGGAGAGAGAAGAGAGCUGGAAGAGGACGAUAGAGGAGAUCAGUCGAGGAACGAGAAAGAACAAGAGGAACGAGAAGAGAAGGCGCAAGAGUCGAGUGCGAGGACGCGGAAAGGAGGUGGAGGAUGGGCGUAAGAUCGGUUCCGAAAGGCUUCCUCGAGCGGGCGAAGGCGCCUCGCGGCCGUUGUUGAGGAGGCGACGCGCACGCGAGUUCUGAGUGCCGUCGAGAGUGCGGGUGUCGUGGCGAAGAAGAGUCGAGGUGUCACGGAUACUCGGGACGCUGGAAGUUCGCUGCGACGACGACGACGACGACAAUAACGAUCCACCAUGGGGAUCUCGGUGUUCUUGCUGUACGCGGUGACGGUGCUCGGCGUGGCGGCGAGCGGCGACAAGUGCGCGGACGAAUGCUCGUGCAAGUGGAAAAGCGGGAAGCGCACGGUGGAGUGCGUGAAUCGGGCCCUGACCAGCAUACCGGAGUGGAUCGAUCCGGAGACCCAGGUGCUGGACAUGAGCAGCAACGACAUCCGCCACCUCACCAGCAACAUCUUCGUACGCGUGAAGCUGACGAAUCUGCAGCGUCUUUACCUGCGUGAGUGCCGUAUCGACCGGAUCGACAACGAGGCACUGGACGGUCUUACGAAUCUCGUCGAACUCGAUCUCAGCCACAAUCUGCUGACGGUGGUGCCGAGCGCGAGCUUCAUCAGGACGCCGUUCCUGCGCGACCUGGUGCUCGCGUACAACCCGCUCGAGCGGAUCCCCCCGCACGCGUUCGAGAACACGUCGAACCUGGUGAAGCUCGAUUUGUCGCACACGAGGCUCGUCGAGAUCCAGCCCAAGGGUCUGCACGGCCUCCAGCACCUCGAAAGCCUCAAGCUGAACAACAAUCAGCUGCAUACCUUGCACACGGGCACGUUCGAGCCGCUCAACAAGCUCACCAGCAUCGAGCUACAUGACAACCCGUGGAACUGCGAUUGCUACCUGCGCGAGAUGAAGAUAUGGCUGGGGAAGCAUAAUCCGAGUCUCGUGGCGCCCGUGUGCCACAAGCCCGAGCAGCUGCACAACCGUGCCUUCACCGAACUCCACACCGAUGAUUUUGCCUGCCGGCCGGUCCUGCGUAUCGAGAACCGCUAUGCCGAGGCGACCAUCGGCGAGAACGCCAGCAUCGUGUGUCGUGUGAGUGCAGUACCACCUGCGAAGGUCAAGUGGUAUUGGAAUGGUCGUCAGCUGACCAAUCACUCGGCCUUCAGCAGCUACCAGAAGAUCCUGAUUUUCGAGGAGGGCCAGUUCCGCAAGCAGAGCACCCUGAUUCUCACCAACGCCCAGGAGGCGGACUCCAGCGAGUUCUACUGCGUCGCCGAGAACCGCGCCGGCAGCGUCGAGACCAACUUCACCCUGCACGUGUCCAUGAGGACCGCGGGCAUGUCGACUCUGGGCUCGGGCCAGAUUGCCGGCAUAUCAGCUGCGCUGGUAGUACUCAUCCUCUUCAUUCUACUCAUCAUUCUCGUGCUGUUCAUCCGGUUGCGCAGGAUGCCGCUGAAGGACGUGAAGUCGUCGGCACCCAUGGAAGCGACUUCCGGUGACGGCAGCGGUACCGGCAGCAACAAUCCCGGAGACAACAAUCCAUCGUCCGCGACCUCGACCAGCCGCAGGAAGCACGAAGAUAUCGAGACGGCGUCGUUCGCGCUCGAGUCGAAACCGCCGGCUUCGUUACACCUGAGUUACGUGCAGCGACCGCAAACGGCCGUCGUGUGGGAGAACGAGUACAGUACGAUCAGUCGAUUCGACGAUCAGAGCCAACCGACUGGUCUAGUGGCAGUGCCGAGCGCCGGGUGCUUCUCGUCGACGACGUCCCUGAUGCCGAUCGAUAAUCCGGAUCUCAUCAGGGACACCCGGCGCGGCUCCGCCGAGGACAUCACGCCUUACGGUGUCGCCGAUUACGGGUCGCGGGUCGCUGCGAUGGACGAUGCCGGCAAGAUGUUGUACUCUAGCUGCGGCCUGUGGGAGGCCAGAGACACCAGCUGCGGCAGGACGUCCGCCGUGACGACGAGCACGUACCCGUCGAAGGAGCAGCUCGCGGUGGUGGCGCCGGUCGUCGAGCAGUUCCCACCCGGCGCCAAACAGAUGCGGGUCUGGCAGAAGGGUGUCCCGGUGCUGCCGCCGGUCUCGGCGCUCAAGCGCGUCCUGGGCUCCACGCGCAGCUCGCCCGACGAGGGUUAUCAGGAGGGCACCGGCACCGACGUCUAGGUACCGCUACUUCAUUACUGCGACGCCCGGCACCGUUACCUGGAGUUGCGCAGGAGGCACCAGGAGGACGACACCGACUGCUAAGGGAGCAGGAGUUAGAAGAGGAGCCCAAGAACGAGAGUCGUCCUCGCGAGUGUCGGACGGGCGGUAGUGAACAGGAACACGAAGAGUAGUACGUCCUGAAUGGACGAAUGGACGAAUCUCGGUGUGAUCGCGUGCAGUGCCGACGAUGGCCGACGACGAAAGUAUCGCGCGCGAAAAGACACGUUCAAAGCAAUUCCCCGUUGGUCACAGGGACGAACAAAGGCCAGUUCAUGACCGUGUUCACGCACGGUGAUCGAAGGUGCGAUAGUACCCGAUCGGAUAUUACCUGACUACGUUUCACCAGUUUCACCUCGAGCGAUAUCCUGCAACCGGGAAGCUACAGGAAGGAUACGGGGUGAUACCAAGGAGCCCAACCCUAUCAAGACUGCCACAAGCGUACAAAGUAUGCGAGUCGAAUAGCUGAGCAUACAGGGAGCUUUCAAAGUGUCGACGAACAUCGACCGUUACUCCAGGAGUCUACAAGAAGUCGAGAUCGCGGUCGCCGAGGUUCGCCCACGUCGUCGUACGUUUUCGUUGAACCUAACGAAGCGGAACCUGUGCGGUUUAAUGUGUUCUCGGUCAUCGCCUGCCAUCGGCACAAUCUUCGGAGCGUAAACGACGGCCAGGAACACGGCGACCACCGGUGAUCUCGAAGAGAGUGCCAUCCGCGUUCACGCUCGACCGAAGUCGAGACUUCAACGGACGAACAUCUGCGAUGUACAGUUGCAUCGUUCUCAUAGUGGUGCGGUCGACACGAUUGGAGAUGUCUUAUGUGCGUCACGUGUGGUGCUGCAAACCAGCUGGCGGACGUACGGUUCCGCUAAUUUGGAUGUGCGCGCACCUGCCGCGGGAGGAUUGCCUCCAGUGGUCGACAUCGGGGUUGUUGGCCUGCACUGGGUAUUCCGGGAGGGAUGCUCGGCGUUUCGAGGACGACAGUAUCCGCCGUGAGUGAAAGAGCCGCAAGCUCGUAAACAUUGCAUUUGACUUCGGAGUCGAGAAACUAAUCACGGAAAUUUGCGAAUUUAGAAUGCAACAAUCAAUAUUGCAGGGAUCUUUGAGAUCACGCUGAGCUUCUGGAACAUCCAGCUCUUAGCAGUUAUCAGUUCAGAACUAGACACACACGAUUGCAAUUUCUUAAUUGUUAUAAUUGUUACCAUUAACUGCAUCUCUGGAAACGCUGAUCUUUCCUCCCGGAACGUUUCGUUCAAUGCAACAACGAGGCAUUCCUCAAUCAGCGUCGAUCGACGGAAGGCAGGCGUCGUCGCCGCUGGCGAUGCCUUGCGCGCUUAAUACACCAAGAGGGUACACCAAAUCAGAGACGAGGAAGCGACGAGACGGUGGUCCCGGCCACGUCAUCGAUCCGGCGGUCGUGCAGCACAAUAUCGACGGGUAAUACAUUUGUAUAACGGCUAAGCCAAAAGUCAGUCAGUCGGGAGAGACACAGGAUCUCGCCGAAUAAGGGAGAUCGCGCUAGGCGACUAUCCUUAAGACGAUAAGAGCGAGCGAGCGAGCGCGAGGACUGCGUCCCGACGACGGGGACGACGCGUAAGAUCCAUGUAGGAAGCGAGGAACGACGCUUAGGAAGCCACCAAGUAUCUCGCGGAUCUCUUUUCUAGUCAAUUCGGUGAACGGGGAAGAGGAGAGGAAAAAAAGAAAGAGUGAAAAAUGAAGGAACAGAAAGAGAGAACGAUAAGGGAGCGAUCACGACGGAUUAUUUGUUCGACGGGAAGGGGAGACUCGAUGGCUGGCAAAAUGGCGCGCUCUCAAUUGGAAGGAAGAGCGCCGGGGGUGGUUUCGGUUGACGAGGUAUCCCUCGAAGCCUCGGUCGACAAACUCUCUCACGAUUACGGCGCCGCGGCGAGCCUAUAUUGUUGCCUCGAGUGGCCGGUCCGAGUGGCUCUCUCGUGUCCGAGAUCCGAAGCAGAGAACGAUCGAAUACGGGCGAGAUGUGGCGGCGCGGAUGCUACUCUGGAUCCAUACUCACGACGGCACGUGAUUUCCUUCCUCCCCCGAUUUAAUCGCGAUCGCCGAUCGCUUUCUGAUCCCGAUAGUUCUCGAGCUUUUCUAUCGAAUUGGUUCUGCUUCCGAAUUGGCACAAGUUUAUCCAUUUGUUCGACAUGUGAUUUGGAAUACGGUUUCACGUGAUCCGUGUAAUGUGAUCUCAUAUGACAAUUCUGUAAUUUAUUGUCAAAUUUAGUAACGUGUCAUUGUCAUUGCCGUCACGGGUGAUCAUUUGUUAUCGGAUUUGAUAAUGCUUGAUUGUCGGUGCUGCAAUGAAAUGCGAUUGCGCAAUGCUGAAUGCAUCGACAUCGAGGAAUGUCUUUUUUACUAUUUAUUGCUCAUAUCUAUCAGCGUGAAAGUACUAUAUGAAAUUUGCAAGUUAAUGCAUGUAGGUGACGAAGUUUGAAGCUUCAAGGUUCUCGAAAAUUGACGGAACUGCAAUGGUGAAUACGCGUAUUGUGACGGUGAAUCCAGAGUAUAUGCAGGUCGCGAUCGUCGCCUUUGUCGUUGUAUGUGCAGCACAGAGCCACUAGAAUCAAUUACAUAAGACUGUGUGAUAAAUUUGUAAACCAAUCGCGAGCGAAUGUAUACUAUUGCUCAAUCACUAAAGCUGGAUUUCGCGAUUGAUUGGCUGGCUUAUGCCUAGCGUUAGCGUCUUACGUAAGUGAGUCCCUGUCGAUCCACGUAUCUGAUGGUGAACCGUACCGCCAGGUCGGAUUACUGCGCUCUUGUAGAGCUAAUUUUCCACCGUGGUGAAAGGAAUUAUUUUACUGCACAAAUCAGACUCAUUAGAUACCUUCUUACCCAACAUUUUCGGAUAUCGCGUUUUUUAAGAUCAGUGCUACAUUUCGUUCGGAAAGAAACUUGAGGGAAGAAGGAUGAUUAAUUUCUUCAUUUUAUUCGUAAGAAGCUCGCUCACGUUCUCCCGGUAAUGAUCGGUUUAAUCAAAGUUACGAGCCAUUUUCUCCCGCCAAUUUGUCCCGAGGGUAUCUUUUUUUACUCCUGCGCGGGGAGAAGGUAAUCCGAUCUGACGAUAAGUCAAAAUGCCAGUCGCGAGUUUCGUUCGAUCGCCAUCUAAAGUGUGUCGACGUGCGUUCAUUUUGUAUGCCGUAUAAUGUACCCGUGUGUAUGUGUUUGUGUGUUGUGCGUGUUGUGAGUGUGUGUACGUGUGUAUGCGUUUCCGCGUUUCCGCUCGGCGAGAGGACACGCGAUCUAACGCUCGCGCGAUUUCGGCGCGUUCACUACCGAUCGUCCUACAAGGGCGUAUCGCGCGGAACACAUCGAUUUUCUCUGCUCAACGAUCAUCCCAAAGCCGUACUCCAUCAUAUCGAGAGAUCCGCACCUCUAAUCGGCGCGGACGCGAGCCACAUAUCCGAGUCUUUUGUAUCGAUCUUUCUAUCAAUCCGAAGUAAUAAGAGAACAAGCACGACGUGUGCGCGUGACGGGCAAAUAACAUUGACCGUGCCAGACUUGCAUCGGAAGAGGAAAUACCCCGGAAAUACGUGCGGAACGAUCUCGCCGUCUAACGACUUUUUCCUCGUUUCCGUCGUAAUUAAAAGUCGCGGCAAUUAACCGACCUCAAGCGUAAGAAGGUUCGCCGCCUCGCAGAAACGAGCAACGACAAUGGUCUCCCUUCAAGAGACUCCGAAAAGGGACUUCGACUGGUGUCGUUUCAUCGUUUCAUCUCACGCGAAUGUGGCUUGCACGUAAGCGUUCCGCGCUCGUAAACGCGGAGGCGGAAACGAGAGAAUAAGCGAGCGGAUGGCGACUCCUUUGUCGUUGCUUCAUGAAAGAUUCCGUUUGUCCGCGCGUUUCGAUCGUAGCUCGAUCGCGAGCGAACGAAUUACUGAAUAAUCGGUUCCCCUCGCUCUAGUUUUUACAUACGUCCUUUUAUCCCUCCGGGAAGUUUUGUCUCGCGAAGCGAUCUCGAUUCGACGAAAUGCACCCGUUUCGCUCGUCGCGAACGCUCGUUAAUCUACCGCGCAUGUGAACCGAAUCCAUUUUCGAUUUUCUGGAAAAUCCCACUCGAAAUUUCGUGCAAUCUCGUUCGUUCGAUGCCGUGAAGAAAAAAGGAAAAAUCGCGCGAAUCUCGCGAAAAAACCCGCCGGAUCUGUCCGCGAUGGACAACCUUGCGCAGCAACCUUGCGCAGUAAUCUUACGCGGCAACCUUGCUCGUCGGAAUCGAAAUCGGUCAUCUCGAGGCGUGACUCGCGAAAUCGCGAUGAAAGGAGGUUCCAUCGCGAACCGAUGAAACGUUUCUUCACGUUUCUCCCUUUAAGCUUUAAGCUCGCUCGAAAGCGGCCGCAUACCGGCACGUCGAUCGCAGCCGGGGAAGGCAACUGUUGCGUGCAAGUCUUGCCGGCCAGGCCGAGUCUUUAUAUCUGAUUGCCACGAGCUUUUUUUAUAUACACCUCUCGAUCGACGUGGCACACAAUCGCCGUCCCGCAACGGCCGUGGCCGGUUCAAUACACGCAACAACGCUCGUUGUCUACGUAGCUACCAGCUAGUGAGGCACGUGCGAAGUCCCUGGAAUCUAUACUCGAACUCGAUACACGAGCUACAUCGAUCGGACGAAUACGCGGGGUAGAGCCACGCUAAUUGCGAUAUACCGUCAUAACGUGGCGUGGAUCUUUGAGGUGUAGUCAGUCACGAGGCAACGCCGCUCGGCAAAAAUCUCUACGGUGUAUUGAGCAACGUAAUCCAACGAUAGCUUCAUUUAUCGAGUAGUUGCACGCCACCACGAGAUCGCCACCACGUGGACGUGCUUGUCGUAAACGAAACGGGGACGCGAUAGAAAUUACGUGUUGAUCGGCGUAACGAAAAUAAUUUAUGGACGUGUUAUCCUGCUAUCAUGCAGGGGAGCGACGGUAUAUAUUUUCUAAGAGUCUUACACUCGCUUCUCAGAAUUCUCUUCCUAAAGACCACUUUCGAUAGGAAGUCUCGAGUGAUCCGAAGAAGAAUCGAGGUUGGUCUUCAGUAGGUUGUUCUCUCGAAAGUUUUGCACUCCGAGAAUGACUCGAUAAUAAAACUCGGCAAGGGGUACGUUCGCAGUAAUGCUGUUUCGUGAAGAAAGAGAGAGAAAGAGAUAGAAAGGAAGAGAGAGGCUUGCUAUUAACUUUGGUUUUCACUUUCCUAAAUUAUUGAUCCGAGUUGGCGCACAGAGGGACGCUUUCGAUUCCACUUAUCGGAGUUCUGCUUUUGACGAAUAAAUGAUUGUGUAACUAAUUGCUGACACGUGGCGCGCGAUAUCGCGUGGAAGGUGGGACUUUCGUACACGAGUGUACACGAGUGUACACGAGUGUCGCCUGCUACGCAAACAUAACGAUUAUAUUUGCUAAUGAGGGUAACUUAUCGAAUAAUUUAUUUAAAUUACGCCCAACAUUUUUCCACGUGCCGCUUCGCGGGCACGAUAUUAGAGGGGUUGACAUUAAACUUUCAUACCGCUACAUUUUCUAUAUAAUCCAUUAAUUAAUCACUGAUUAAUUCAAUACGACUAAUUACAACAAUUCCGAACGCAAUCAAUUACACCGUGUUUAUCUCCGAUAAAAUAUGAAUAAACACCGUCAUGUGGAAUCGGUGGAAUUUUUAACGCGUAAUUAUGAUCCUUAAAUCGUGCUUUUGACGCGGCGAGACACAAUUACAAUAAAAGCAACUUGAAAAAUCUCUCGUCGUCGAUCAACGUCGCACAAGUCGCAAAAUUUUUAUAUAUCGCAUCGUGUUUCUCCGUUCUUCUGAAUUUCUCGAACGCGACGACGUCUAAUUCGAAUUCCGGAAUAUCGAUAACGCGACCGCACAUUUUCAUGAGAAAAUAUAUUCCUAACACUGCCGCACCGAAAGGGAUGUAGGUCUACGCGAGACGAGCGUAAACAGCUCUGUGCACAUAUUUUCUCACUUUUCUUAAGGUAAUUUCGCUUGCCGAGUGAGGCUCGUCCUUCCGCUCCCGGCGUGUGAAAAUGUGCUCUCGCGGUCGAUGACGACGGCGGUGGCGUCGCUCGUGAAAUUCAUGUACCUCGAAUUUUCGUGCGUCCCUUCGGAACCUUAUCGCGCGGGCAUUAACAUAACAUUACGCCACGCGGCGGAUUUAGAACACCCUAGGCCCGAGAGGGAACACCACGCGCUUUUACAAUGAUGACGUAAACGAACGAGAUCAGAGAUGAAUUUUAUAUAUACAUAUAUGAAUAUGUAUGUACGUGUGUUGAAUCAUAGAUAUUUUUAAUUAGACUUUAUAAAAUUGUUACGCGACCUUUCUCAUCGGCGUGAUUGCGAAGCGAAUCUUUAGUAUUGUUCGGACCCAUCAGGAAGUCCGCCUUGUUACUCCUCGUUAUUGUCAGAACACAGAGACACGUUGCCCAUGUGUGCCGCGCGUUUCCUAUCGUGAUGUAACGAACGGAUUCGCCACUUGUCUCGACAAUUGGCAGCAAUAAAUCGCACCAGCUACCAAUCGACCGUGAAGUAUUUUAAAUUAGGCCGAUAAUUGGACAAGGUAUAUAUACCUUGAAGAGUGACAGAGAAAGAGAGGUAGGGAAGGGCGGAGAGAACA